AUGUCAGCCCGGCACGGUCGCCUCAAGGAUGAGGGCACCAAGCUCCAGGCCGUCACCGCCGGCGCAAUAGCCGGCCUCGUGUCCCGGUUCGUCAUCGCGCCCCUCGACGUGGUCAAGAUCCGUCUCCAGCUUCAGACCCAUCCCUCUCCCAUCUCCUCCGAACCCCUCGCUGCCCCGCGCGAUGCACCCGCCACCCGCUUGGGUGCCUUUGCCACCUUCAAGCACAUCCUCCAACAUGAGGGCCUCACGGCGCUGUGGAAGGGUAACGUCCCCGCCGAGCUCCUGUACGUCUGCUAUGCCGGUGUCCAAUUCGCCGGUUACCGCUCCGCCACUCUCUUCCUCCAGACAGCCCUGCCCACCCGCCGCCUGCCUGACUCGGCCGAGAGCUUCAUCGCCGGCGCCACCGCGGGCGUUGCUGGCACCGGCGUCACCUACCCGCUCGACCUAUUGAGAACGCGCUUCGCCGCCCAGGGUCAGUGCCGAAUCUACACCUCCCUGAGGAGCGCCAUCUGGGAAAUCAAGCGGGACGAGGGCUGGAGGGGCUUCUUUCGAGGCCUGGGCCCAGCAUGGGGGCAAGUCGUCCCCUUCAUGGGCAUCUUCUUCGUCACCUAUGAGGGACUGCGUCUGCGCCUCACCCGCCUCGAGAUGCCCUGGGGCAGCCGAGACGCCGCCGCUGGGGCCGUGGCGAGCGUCGUCGCCAAGACGGCCGUCUUCCCCCUCGACCUGGUGCGCAAGCGGCUCCAGGUGCAGGGGCCCACCAGGAGCCGCUACAUAUACAGCGACAUUCCCGAGUACACGACGGCCCUCCGUGCCGUGAGCACGAUUUUUCAGAGAGAAGGGCUGCGCGGGCUGUACAGGGGGCUUCCCAUCAGCCUCAUCAAGGCUGCGCCGGCGAGCGCCGUCACGCUUUGGACCUACGAGCAGAGCUUGAAGCUGAUGACGAGCCGCGGCACGACCCAAGAGGCGCCCAUGUAA